GCCAGGACUGGACCGGGUGCAAGAGGUGGCCAUAGACAAGAAGGUAGGAAACUGGUCAAACAAAGUCAGGUUAAACCUAAAAAAAAGGAACGCAAUAACACAACAAACAUGUCGGCAGGAAGCCUUCGUCAGUGAACAAAGAUAGGAAAAAAAACAGAAUAAAACCAAAAGAUAAAAAAAUAGCCCUUAGCUGAGAAGUUGUAUCCAAGAGGGCGGCAAAUGAAUUGUGGGAAGGUAAAUGGAUCGAUUUUGGCCAUGUCUGGGUAAUUCUAUAAACCGUGUGUCUCAGUCACUCCAAUCGAUGAAGUCAAGCUCGAGUCGCUCCUUGCUAUGGUUAGAUGAUGCUGUUCAUCUUUGUCACGUGAAAAUGACCAAUGCCAUAUUCCGUGGUGAGUACGAGCAGUCCUAUUUGUGUCUGGAAAUCUUUCCCGCACGUGGGACAUGACUUUUUUUUCUUUUUUUUUUUGGUUGGGGGGGGGGGGGUCCUCGUUGAAUUUGAGUUAUAUUGAACUGGACAACGGACCCACGAAUUACAAGAACUGUUUUCCAGGAGGAAGCAAAGCGAAGACAUUGAUGUGACACUUUGUGUUGGAAAUGAGAAACACAAUUGAAGAAAAAAACAUGGAAGGGAAAAAAAAGAUGGAAGAAAUCAAUGAUCAUGUCGGCAGAACGCCUGCUUUUCAAGCAAGUAAAUUUAUAAUAGUUUUUAGUUUUCUUAUCAUCUUAUGUUUUAGUGAAUUUGCCAUCAAUGAUCUUGUGAUGUGCGCAUUAAUUUUUGAAACACUAAAACAAAACAAGAAAACUAAUUAAAAAUUUAAUAUUUUCCCAGGCAACAAGAAAACCACUGAUGUUUAUAAAAGCGAUUUGAAUACCAAAGAAGUCUACGAGAUGUCUCGGCGAAACGACAGCCCUGGGUUGUCCCAGAUGUCCCGACACCAAGACACACCUGGGUUGUUUAAUGGAAGCGAUAACAGCCCAGCGCACACUGUCAAACCAGAAGGUGUGUUGAAAGAUAUCAUCACUCUGUACGUCAAGAUUUCUCCUCCAACACUCUAUUUAAAAAUGUAGAUCAUUGGUUGUGGUUGGGUCUAGGAACUGCCAUGUAGGGGACAUUCCAAUGGGAGGGACUCUAACCAUCAAGUAGGGAUUCAUUAGGCCAUCUAUGUGAUUGCCAAAACUACAUCCCCUGUUUUAUGUCCCAAUUUUAAAAGAGAUGAACACAAAGGCACAUCAGAUGUAUCCAUCACGAAACUUAUUUCUUACACCAAUACAUCAGCGAAAGAUAAUCUUAACAAAAUACCGCAUUGCCACAACUGAUCCAUCAAAUCCUCUCUUACAAGUACGGUACUCAUCGCUUUCCCGCCAUUUCUAUUUAUAUUUUUAUUUUCCUACUUGAAUUAUUAGGAAUGUGUAGCAUUUUCUUUUAAUUUCACCUUGUUAUACUUUUACUUCCUGUAGCCUCCUUGUUAACACGUAUAUUUUAGUUUGUAGACAACCCCUGUCACUAUUAGUAUAUUAUUCUCGCUACUGAUUAACGUUUCUCCAGUGUUCGCAUUCUCUUUGGUAUCUGUGUUUUUUUGCUGAUAACGGUUUAAGGCACACGUUAGUCUGAUUGUUAUUGUUGUCGUUUUUUUUGUGUUUUUUUUUAGUUGUUGUUAAGUUGCAUUUUGCUGUCAUUGUUUUCCUCCUUCUAAUUUAAAUAGGGAUGUUUAUGAUAAAUUGAAAUGACUUAUCUUGUAUCAUCUCCAAACCCACGGUUCAUUCACUGUUCAUUGCCAUCUCCAUUCUUAGUUUGAGAUUUUUUAUUUGUUAUGCAUGCGGAAAAAAUAUAUUUAAAGUUUAAAGAGCCAAAUCGCCUGGUCAUAAGCUUGUGGAUUAUUUAGUACAUGUUUUUAACAAGGGGUCUGAGAAAAGGUUCCUGGGGAUGGGAGUGUGAUCUGCAUUUAGUUUGCAAUUUUGAAAUUUACAAUUUAAAAAAAAAUAUUUUAAGAGGGUGUCCGUGUACAUAAUAUGACAGCCAACGGGUUCUAUUGAACAAAAAAAGUUUAACUUUAGAACCCUUGCUUAGAGUAAAAUAAUUAACAUGCUCUCUUUUUAACACUUCAGGUACCACGCCUCCCUCUGGAAGCAAAAGUCACAGCAUAAGUAAAGCUCAGAGAUGUUUUACCACGAACGGGGAUGACCCAAACAGAAGCAGACCAAUGGUACAUAAAUUGGAUCACUCCACGGCGACCGCCGGCCGGCACAUCCCGAAC